GGUGUGGGAUGGGACAGGGCUAAAGCAGCCUGGAGCUACAGAACUGGGGAGCCAGGCAACCGCGAGAGAGGGAAUUAGUGCCCCGGGUCACUUGGCAACCCGUAAACAUUUGUUGCAUACCUCUGGCCCGACGUGCAAUGUUAAGGGCAAGUCAAUCUUCUGGGCCUUGGCUGUGGCCGCAUCAAAUGUCCGCCCUUGCGUGGGAUAGGCCAUCUCCCUUGCCUGCCCCAACUCUGACUCACCCUUCUGCUGACCCAAGGACUGGAAUCCUGUACACACCACCGCCCACGCCGCACCCACUGUCGGGAAGUCCCUCCCCAAGUCACAUUUCAGACUCACGGAGGGCUGGCAGAGGGGACCCUAGAAGCGAGACUGCUGUGGGAAAGGAGUCCUGACACUCAGUCCUUGUGCAGCCACCACUCCUGGGUCGCUGCUUCUCUUAGCUCAAAGUCUGGGACACUGACUGGCAUCUGAGAACUCCUGGACCCUUAGGAAGGAUUUCUGCCAGGCAAGGUCCGGAGCUCUGGAGCGGCAAAUGGAUCUGUCCACCUCCAGGAGUGCUGCCCCCUCUCCUCCAUAGCUGGGGUGACUCAGCCCAGCAACCACACCAAGUCCUGUUAGCUGACAGAGGGAGUGGCAGCGGGCAGUGCCCAGAGAGUGUUCCGCAGGGAGGAGCCCAGAAGUGAAAAGGGGAAAAUGCUUCUUUCACUUUCCCUACCACCUUUGACACUCCAGAGAACUAGGCAGAUCGGUCAUGGCUUCAAAGCACAAGCUCCCCAUGCAGUGUGAGAGCCUGGAGAAGAAGAAGGGACGGCAAGAUAAAGGAGAGGAGGACAGCUUCCGCUCAGCUGCGGAGGCUCUCAGGGCUGCACCUGCAGAGAAACGCACGGUCCGAGUGGACCCCCAGUGCCCACUCAGCCACAGCCCUGGGGCCCAGGUGUAUGAAGAUUAUGACUGCACCCUGAACCAGACCAACAUUGGGAGUAACAACAACAAGUUUUACAUCAUCCAGCUGCUGCAAGAGGGUGACCGCUUUGUCUGCUGGAACCGCUGGGGCCGCGUGGGGGAAGUGGGCCAGUCAAAGCUCAGCCACUUCAGCAUACUGGAGGACGCAAAGAAGGACUUUGAGAAGAAGUUUCGGGACAAGACCAAGAACAGCUGGGCGGAGCGGGACCACUUUGUGGCCCACCCCGGCAAGUACACACUUAUCGAAGUGCAGGGAGAGGAUGACACCCAAGAAGCCGUGGUGAAGGUGGAUGGAGGCCCGGAAAGGACUGUGCUUCGACGAGUGCGGGCCUGCUCCCUGGAUGCGGCCACACAGGAGCUUGUCACCAACAUCUUCAGCAAGGACAUGUUCAAAGAUUCCAUGGCACUCAUGAACCUGGAUGUCAAGAAGAUGCCCCUGGGAAAGCUGAGCAAACAGCAGAUUGCACGAGGCUUUGAGGCCCUGGAGGCGCUGGAGGCAGCCCUGAGAGCCCCCACAGAUGGGGGGACCAGCCUGGAGGAGCUGUCCUCCCACUUUUACACUGUCAUUCCCCACAACUUUGGUCGGAACCGGCCCCCACCCAUCAACUCCCUGGAGCUUCUGCAGGCCAAGAAGGACAUGCUGCUGGUGCUGGCGGACAUCGAGCUGGCCCAGACCCUGCAGGCAACCCCCGAGGAGGAGGAGGAGAAGAAAGUGGAGGAGGUGCCGCACCCGCUGGACCGAGAUUACCAGCUCCUCAAGUGCCAGCUCCAGCUGCUGGACCCAGAGGCACCGGAGUUCAAGGUGAUACACACCUACUUGGAGCAGACCGGCGGCAACUUCAAGUGCCCUGCUCUUCAGCACAUCUGGAAAGUGGAUCGACAAGGGGAGGAAGAGCAGUUCCAGGCCCACUCCAAGCUGGGCAACCGGAGGCUCCUGUGGCAUGGCACCAACGUCGCCGUGGUGGCUGCCAUCCUCACCAGUGGGCUCCGCAUCAUGCCACAUUCUGGCGGACGUGUUGGCAGGGGCAUCUACUUCGCCUCGGAGAACAGCAAGUCGGCUGGCUACGUUACUGGCAUGUCCUGUGGGUCCCACCGCAUCGGCUACAUGUUCCUGGGUGAGGUGGCCCUGGGCAGAGAACAUCACAUCACCGUGGAUGAGCCCACCUUGAAGCAGCCGCCCCCUGGCUUCGACAGUGUCAUUGCACGAGGCCACACUGAGCCUGACCCAGCCCAGGACACCCUGCUGGAGUUGGAUGGUCAGAAGGUGGCAGUGCCCCAGGGCCGGCCCGUGCCCUGCCCAGAAUUCAGCCACUCCAGCUUCUCCCAGAGCGAGUACCUCAUCUACCAUGAGAGCCAGUGCCGCCUGCGCUUCCUGCUGGAGGUUCGCCUCUGAGCAGCCACUGCCCCUUCCCUGGAGACCAGCUGAGGGGGCAGCCACCGCUGUCAAUCUUCUGCCCACCUCUGGUACCCCUGAUGCUCUUCUUCUUGCUUUCAGAGCUCCCUUCUGUGACCCAGACAGUGAUCCUCCGGCCCUUCUUAGCCCAGACACAGCUGUGACCCCAGAGGUGACAGCCUGCCGGACUGGCAUGAUUCCUGAGACACACACAGUGAUCCAGUCAAAGCUUUGUGGCGAGGGAGGCACAGGUUAAAGUGGGACCCCAUGGGAGUCGGGUGGUAGCGCAGCGGGUUAAGCGCAUGUGGCGCAAGCGGGUUAAGCGCAUGUGGCGCAAAGCAUAAGGAUCCCGGUUCAAGCCCUUGGCUCCCCACCUGCUGGAGGAGUCACUUCACAAGUGGUGAAGCAGGUCUGCAGGUGUCUAUCUUUCUCUCCCCCUCUCUGUCUUCCCCUCCUAUCUCCAUUUCUCUCUGUCCUAUCCAACAAUGACGACAUCAACAAUAAUAAUAAAAACAAUAAGAGCAUCAAAAGGAAAUAAAUAAAUAAAUAUUUUUUUAAAAAGUGGGACCCCACAUCCGCCCGGGCCAUCAUCUCAGGCCUGGACUGAGAGGUGGGGUCACUCAGGUAAGCUGAACUCAAGACACUCAUAGGCAGGGUUUCCAAAUGUACCUGCACCAGGCGUGGUUCUCCGAACCAGAGUAUCCCUCUGGCACAUGUGACACUGGGAAUCAAACUCAGGACCUCAUGCUCAGGAGUUCAAGACCUCAUCCACUGUGCCACCUCCUGGUCCUCAGCCUGGAUCUCCUUUCUUGUCACUUAGCUCUCCCUCCACACCACCCGGCAACUCCACUUGCUGCACAAGCUAGCACUCACUCACAAGGCUGGGUGUGGGUCACAACACAGGCCCUGGUCUUUGUAGACAUCCUGGCCCAUCUUCCCCCAUCACUGCCACAGCCAGCUGCUUCUGACAGUCCAGUCUUCAAAAGGGGACGUGAGGGAAUAAAUCAUUUUUAUUUACUCUGCCAUAAAUCGUUUGGGGCAUGUUGGCUUGUUUUGCCACCAGGACUAUCGCUGGAGCUUGGUGCCUGCACAACUCUACCACUACUGCCAAAGGCCACACUUUUGUUUUCCUUUUACUUAUUUUUGAAAAGAAUGAGAGACAGAUAGGGCUAGGUGGUGGUGCACCUGGUAAAGCACACAUAUUAUAGUGCACAUGGGCCUGGGUUCAAGCCGCUGGUCCCACCUGAAGGGGAAAGCUUCACAAGUGGCGACGUGGUGCUGCAGGUGUUUCUCUGUCUCUGUGCCUCUCUAUCUCCCUCUUCCCUCUCUAUUUCUAUCUCUAUCAAAUAAAUAAAAUUUUAAAAAGAGAGUGAGAGACGGAGAAUAGAGAGGAGAAGAGGAGAGACAUCAGGGGUAGAUAUGUGAACAGACUCUCAUAUCUGAGGCUCCAAAGUCCCAGGUUCAAUCCCUCAUACCACUAUAAGUCAGAGCCGGGCAGUGCUCUGGUAAGAAAAGAAAGAAAGAGAGAGAGAGAGGGAGAGGGAGAGGGAGAGAAAAGAAAGAAAGAAGCUGUGUACUGGUGCACCUGGUUGAGUGCACGUUACCAUGCACAAGGACCCAGGUUCAAGCCCCCGAUCCCCACCUUCAUGAAGCUUCAUGAAGCAGUGCUGCAGGUGCCUCUGUCUCUACUCCUAUCUCUUCUCCCGUCUCAAUUUAUUUUUUUUUAAUAUUUAUUUUAUUUAUUUAUUCCCUUUGUUGCCCUUGUUGUUUUAUUGUUUUAGUUACUAUUGUUGUUGUCGUUGUUGGAUAGGACAGAGAGAAAUGGAGAGAGGAGGGGAAGACAGAGAGGAGGAGAGAAAGAUAGACACCUGCAGACCUGCUUCACCGCCUGUGAAGUGACUCCCCUGCAGGUGGGGAGCCGGGGUUCGAACCGGGAUCCUUAUGCCGGUCCUUGUGCUUUGCGCCACCUGCGCUUAACCCGCUGCGCUACAGCCUGACUCCCCCAUCUCAAUUU